AUGGCAUCAUCUUCGUCUCGUAGUAGGGUGUUAAAUCCCGGCCCCGAGGAUGGUUCAUUACUGUGCUAUCAGUCUAUUCAUGUUUCAGAGCAUAUUUGGGAUGGUCGUGAACACCCAAUAUUGAGAGUGAGAAGAGGUCAUUUCAUACAUGCUGGCAUGGAGGGAGUACCAGUAGAGAUUAUUCCUCAUUUGACAGUAGCAGGAUUUGCUAGAGUAGCAAAGUUGGCUAGUAUUCCUAUUGACCGCCAAUUGAUUACAACGUUAGUAGAAAGAUGGAGGCCAGAGACCCAUGCAUUUCACAUGCCCCCUGGAGAGUGUGCUAUUACUCUUCAAGACAUUGCUAUUCAGAUGGGUCUUCGUAUUGAUGGAAGACCAGUUAUUGCCCCUACAGGAGGUGACAGGGCACAAAUUGUUGAAGAUUUAUUGGGAAUUAGACCACCUAAUUCUGCAUUUAUGGGGAGCAACUUGAAACUUACUUGGUUGGAUGAGCAUUUUUCCCAUGUUGGGUUGCACAACCAAAAUCCCAUUCAGCUAACUCGCUUUGCAAGAGCAUAUAUUUUGAGACUUAUUGGUGGGUUUAUGUUAGCUGAUCAUUCUAGUAGCAGGGUCCCAGUUAGGUACCUUCCUUUACUUGAAGAUUUAGAGAUAACUGGACAAUAUAGUUGGGGAAGUGCAGUGUUAGCCUUCCUAUACAGAGAGUUAUGCAUGUCCACGAAUAUUGAUCGGUCUGGUAUUGGAGGAUUGACUCCACUUGUGAUGCUGUGGGCGUGGGAUAGGUUCCCAUUUCUAUCUCCGGGUGAUCCCCCUUACACACAGAAUGAUCUUCCUUAUGGUGCACGGAAGGGGAGAAAGGAUCUAGCUUACUUUAGGUUCAAAUUUGAUCAUUUGAAACGUGAUCAGUUUGUGUGGCAACCAUAUAGUAUAGAUUUGAUGCAUACUUUGCCUGCCAUAUGCACUGAGGGCAUGCAUAUAUGGAGAGCUAUUGUGCCGCUUAUUUGUUUCCAAAUAUGUGAAUGGCACCAGCCCGAUCGUACCAUGCGUCAAUUUGGGAUGGUACAACAUAUUCCUCAUGCUCCUUAUCAGCCAGACCAGCUACAUGACAUUACUCUUAGAGGGAAGACUGCUGACAAUUGGGAGUCAAAAUUCAGGGGCGUACUAGAGCAUUGGGAUAGGAGAUUAGAUUGGGUUGUGAGUAAUGAACCGCAAAUUGGUCUACUGAGUUCGAACUCUGAAUACAUGCGGUGGUACCAUACUCAUAUUAGACGGUGGAUGAGCAGAGAUGCUGCAGUGUUUGCAUUACUUGGAGAUGCUCAUGAGAGGGCCUAUUACUUGUGUAAUGAUAGGAGGGACACAUUUUCAUUUGAGGAGAUGAAGGAUUUGUGUGAGACGAUGUUAGCCUUGCAAAAUGAGCAGGAACGUAUCUUAGAGCCAUCAUCCUCAUGUGAUCCUCCUAUCCAGAGUGGAAAUCUAGAUGAGCCUCAGAUUGACAUUGGUAUUGGUGAACAACGUCGGGAAGGCAAAGGUUUGCAACGUCGGCGAACGUCAUUUCAGGUCACAGAUUUUACAUUGCCCCAUUUGCCCGAACAAGGAGAUGGUGUUUAUUAUGUCCCACCAUCUUUUCCGUUUCAACAAUCACAAUGGACACAGUCAUCUUAUGUUCACUCAUCACAGCAAUCAAACGUCCCUCCUGCAUCUCCAUUUUUUAGCGGUGAAUUUUAUGUUCCUGACGCUAGCCUUUUCAUGACACCUCCUCCAUAUGAGCCUAUGUUUUUCACACCGAGUGCACCCGAUGUAGGCACUCAUCAAAGUGGAUGUAGUGAGCAAACAACAUCAAUGGUACCUGUGCAUGACCGUGGAAUUGAUCUUAAUGCUGAAUUCAUUGCAGCCUCAGAUGCAGCAAAAGCUGAUGUGAGACGUAACCCUCACCGUGGAGCGCGAGAUCGUCGUCGACAGUGCAUUCUCACACCUCAUGAGAAGGGACCUCACGAGCAGUCAUUGAAUUCUGAUUGA